UGCAAAGGCGGCAAGAAAAUCAGCGUAAAAGAUUGUUUCGUUUUUAUUUCAAGAUGGCUCCAAAGACGAAGAAGCCAAAGACCACGUGCGAAUUGCCUGAAUCUGAGUACAGGUUCUCGUCUCCUCUUGGCUACAUCAUCGUUAAGGCCUGUGACUCUGGCCUGCACUCAACUAGCCUCGAUGGAGAAUUAACGGAUGAGAAUUUUACACCAAACUUAAAACAAAGUGUAAAGCUUCUGGGCAGUAACAAAGUACCUCAAGUCAUCAAAAAAUGUGAGAUUUGGUUUCGUACUUACUUUGAUGACCUUAAGAAGAUAAACAUCGUGGAGAGGCCAGACAUCUGCGUUUUCAAGAAAUCAAAUUUAGCAUUUCGUGAAUUGGUCUGGAAGACCCUUGCAGACACAGUUGGGCCAGGUGAGGUCAUCACAUAUGGUGCCUUAGCAGACAGAUUAAAAAAUCCAGGUGCUGUAAGGGCUGUGGGUUCAGCGAUGCGCAACAACCCCAAUGGUAUAAUUGUGCCUUGCCACAGGGUUGUUAGGACAUCAGGGCUAGGACUCUACCAUGGAGGUACUCGACAGUCAGUCAAAGUGUGGCUCCUGAACCAUGAAGGUAUUACAAAAUAUACUUAGGAAGGUUCUUCUAGAUUUAAGUCUUUGAUGAUAAGAUGCCUAGAAAAAGGACAUGGAUUUUCAAAGAAACCAGUAGGUCUUGCUGGUCCAAUAUCUCUAAGGGAGAAAAUAGAGUUAGUAAAGUUUCUUUAGAAAUAUCCCUUGACAAACAAUCCCUCCAAGCCAGUAUUUUGAUAUGGAUGGAGGUAACACGGGGCCAUUCCAGCAUCUGACAGGGUCGAGGAAAGGGAAGCUCCAAUUUACUGCCCUGAGGCCUUUGUGGAUGUCAUAAGAUGCUAAGGGUAAAAUGUAUUGCAAUUGUUGUACUUUGAUAUGUUGUUUCACAAGAGAAAGAAAGCAAAAGUUGUUCUACUGGCAAGUUUCUUUUUGUUAUAUAAUUUGAGUCUCAGACUUCAUUGUUAGUGUACAUUGUACAGUAUACUUGUACUUCUUAGUGAGUGGUAGAGAGGAUAGACACAAAAAUAUGAGAAAAAGUUUCUUAAAAGUUAUUCCAUUUGUGUAGAACAGUUUUGAGUUGCUCUUUUUUCCCAUGGUUUGAGCACAAGUAACCCUGAAAUUUUCUGUCCUUUCAGGGUUAAAAUUUCUCAUUGCAAGUAUCACUAGAAUAUUUUCCUCUUAAUAUUGUUAAUGUACUCUUAUGUAUAGUUGUUAAAAUUCAGCUAAUAAUUUAAAGAAGAAACUGUUUAUAUUUUUGUUGUGAAGAGUUUGCCUUUCCUUAAUUUAGUAUACCUAAUUUGAUUCUAAAUCUUGCUCUUUUAAUGUUUUGUAGGCCAAGUCUAACAAUUUUGCUAUUUUUUUAUGCACAAAUUUCUUAUGUAUGUGGAAUGAUAACAGUCCAAUAUGUAUUUUUAUAAGGAGAUUAAAGAAACAAGUGAAAAAAGUCUUUAUUGAGUCUUAUCCAUACCAAGCCUUCACAGGAAAUAUACAUAGUUUGUUAGGCAGCCCUUCCUACAUGCAUACACAUGAUUAUUAAGUUUGCAAAGAAAAUUAGGUUUAUCAGCCUGUACUGAGUUCUUUGCAAAUAUUGAAUGAAUUAGUGUCAGAAUAAAUACAUUAUUAGUUAGUGUGUACUAAUGUAAAAAGGCCUGUCUAUUACAUGUGAAUAAAGGCUUCUGCUUGCUGACUUGUGACUAUAUAUACACACAAUAAAAGUAUUAUACUAAACA